CUUAUAAAGUGACCUGCAGUUUCAUCUGUACACUUCCUACACCAACUCUGGAUCGUUCUUGAUACCCAUGGUGUGUAGAUGGCAUCUAAGAUGAACGUGUCUAAUUAAAUAAUCGUAUCCAAAUCUGAAGAAAACAUUAAAAAUAAACUUGAACGAAUAGUUAGUGGAUUGAUCACAAUUAUCUUUUUCGCUUACCGUUAUAAUAUCACUUUUAAAUAUAUUUCAAUGUUUCUUUCAAUUAUUGCAAUUUUGACACCGUUCGUGACAAUUGCAGCCACUUAAGAAAAUCUAAAUAUCCAUUGUUGUUACUAAACAAAAUCUUAAUAUCAAAAGUAUAAGUGAAAUCAUUAAUCGUGACUUUCAAAUUAUUAACUUGGAAAACACUUUUUAAAAACUUUAUUUUUCACAAACUAAUUAUAAAAUGAUUACAAUUUACUGUAAAUGGCCACAACUGACUAACUGAAAAAUGUGUGAGAAAGUACUUUUAUAUUAAUGUAAAAUGCUGAUGAGGUCCUCGCACUGUGAUUCUGUGGAAACAGCAACUCAUCGGUUUCUGUGGGAAUGGUCGAGAUAAUUCGUGAAUUACGGGAAAUUCAAUUAUGUCUGAAAACUGGGUAAUAAAUAAAGCCAUUUAUAACCCAUCGAGUAUUGGAACUUUUAAUUAUUACAUAAAGAUAUAGAGAUUUCAAAGAUCUAAACCACAAACUUCCUUAUUAGAGACGGAAAAAACAUUCGAACUAUGUUUCUGCUAAAAGUUUUCCCAAAGAAAAAAUAAAUUAAGAUAUUAACGUAAAAUAUCUCUGAACUUGUAAAUUUCUAAAUAUCCAAAUAUUACUAUACUUUUUAAGUAAACAAUUCUCAAUUUAAAAAUAAUUAUCUGUUUAGUACAUUUGCUAAAAGCACUUAUUGAUUUUUUCUUUGUUUACAUUCAAAACCGAAUCAAUAAAAUUGUAACCACUACGUUGUAGCAUAUUAUUAAUAAGUCUGAAGAUGUCCUUAUUUAAAACUAGAUCAUUUUGGUCUUACCGAAGCGAUGACGAAGAAUAUUUCGAUCAAAACUCCAUGAUAAUAACAUGCCUUAACGGCGACAGUGAUUAUAUUAUUACGGGUAGUCAAAGUGGCGUUUUGAGAAUUUUUAAACCUUCAUGCACAAUUGAAGAUAAUGAAAUAAGCGGUUUGUUACCCACUGAUUUGGUUAUAGAGAAAAUAUUUGAUAAGCCUAUUUUACAAUUGGGAUAUGGCAGGCUAGUUUCUGGAUCGCUAAAUUAUCAAACAGCUAUACUUAGUCCUAGAAGAGUAUCUGUACACUUACUAAAGAUUAAAGAAGGUCAAACCGAACAUGGAACACAAAAUACAUUCGAAUUACUUUACGAACACCACUUACCUAGAUCGGCGGUAAAUUUCACUGUGGGGCAAUUUGGCGGAUCACAAAAUCGCGAUUUUAUAUGUGUGCAAUCGCUAGAUGGUGUGCUAAGUUUUUUCGAACAAGAAAAUCCGACAUUUUGUUGUUUUUUACCCGAUUUCCUAUUACCGAGUCCAGUGGCGUACGUCAAAAAAACUGACAGUUUCGUUACGGGAACAGAUAAUUGGCAACUCGUUUCUUACAGAUACAACAGUUUAUCAGAAACAGGAGAUGUUAAUGAAUCUGGAAAAAAUUCGAAGACGAAAAUUUUUCCGACGUGGUCUUAUUUCUUAGGGGAACCAAUUAUAGAUAUAGCAGUUAGGGAAGACCCUGUAAAUAAAAUUGCUUCUAUUGUCGUGUUGGGAGAACGUAAUCUAUUCUGUUUGUUCGAUUCUGGACGAUUGAAUUUUAUGAAAAAGUUGGAAUAUUCUCCAAUUUGCUUUGAGGUAUAUAUUAUAAACGAAAAAAUAUUUUGCUUAAUUGUAUCAGAAACGAAUAAUUUGCUAAUAUACGAAAACACAACAUUAAAAUGGUGCGCAAAACUACAAUAUUUGCCAGUCUGUAUAAAAAGAGCGUUUUUACGUACAGUCAAAGGUGCCUUGGUGUUAUUAUCGGAAGAUGGCGCUCUCGAUUGUUGUUAUUUAGGAACUGAACCGAGUUUAUUUGUUGCACCUCCGUUAACGGAAAGGGAAACGGAUAUAGAAAAAAUUGAAGAAGAGUUGGGAAAACUAACUGAACAAAUAAAACAAACUUACGGAAACGAUUUAAAAUUCGCAAAUCAAAAUAACGAAAAAGAAAUAACUAUAAAAAUACAAAUAAAUCAAGAUUUAGUACGUUGUAAAUACGAAACGAAUUUAAUAGAUUCGACUAAUGCGAAAAUGUGCGUUCUACAUAUAGACGUCGUUCCCCGAAUGGCUUUUGAAGAAGUCCAAGUAACCGUAGCGACAUUAAAACCGUUAAAAAUACACCCGAACAAUCAAUUUUUUGUAAAUCCCGAAGAAACAAUGUCUAUCGAGUGCCAUGCCUACCUCAACGAAGAUAUGGAAGUACCUAGUUUAAAUUUUAACGUCAUCGUCACUGUGAUAAGUUCAUUAGGAGUUCCGAGAAGUUUCUGCAAAUAUUCUGUACUACCGUUGAAGUUGGUAGCAGAAUCUUGUGCAGUUCAGAAGGAAGGUGAACAUAAAAUCAUUUUAAACGUCAAUCAAAAUAUCGUGCCUCUGUUAACGUUAUUCCCAGAAUUUGUUGAAGAUAUUAAAGUUACCAGUUCCAUUGCUUUUAAAAAUACGUCUUCUGGUGAACCAGUUACUAUAUUAGUAGCUAAAUCUUCUGAUAGAUAUAGAAUACAAUCUAAUUCGUUCUUAGCGCUUAGUUACGUCAUAGAACAGAUGAUUCUACGGUUGCAUAAACAUUAUACAAACGUGGAGGAUUUCAGAAUUACGUAUAGCUCCGCUUUACCUACCACGGAAACUGUUUUUAUUAUAAGAGAACAUUUUUCUAAAAGGGAACAGUCUAGUAGAUUGGAGCUUUGCUUAGAUCAAUUAGGAGGUCAGUUCAGGACAAUACAAAAACGGUUGAUAUCAAAAUUUAAAGUGAAAAAUCCGACUCCAUUAACAAAUUUGGAAAUAUUAAUGGACGAUACGUAUUUAGAAAUUAUUAGUACUAUAGAAAAAUUGACGGAGGCCAAUAAGGAAUUGGUUAAAAGUCAAAUAAAAUUAUCUUGCGCUUUAAAUUUAAUAGGAAACUUGAUAAAAAUCAUGAAUAUCGAGGAGAACUUGAAAGAAAAUUUAGUAUCUGUUUUUUGUCCAACUGUAGAUGAUUUAGAAAGUCAAAAUUGGGAAGACGUAAUGGACGCUACCUUGGGUUAUUUACUUCGAACAUAUUUAGCUAAAUCGGAAAAAGAUAAGCUCAGAUUGUCCCAGACGAAUAUAGAAAAAGUUACCGAUAUAUCUAAAGUGGAAAAACAUCUCGUACAAGUCUUAGAAAGAAUUUCUAAAAUAGAAAAAAUCGACACCGAACAAAAAGAUGUUUCAGUUGAAAUCGAAGAAGAAAAUAAAAAAAUGGAGAAAGAAGAAGAAGAACCGCCAGUUGGAAAUCAAUUCGGUGUGGCAAGUAUGCGUUUAUUAUCGGCAAGAAAAAGCUUAUUAAGAAAAAGGCACAAAGAUAAAGAAGAAGAAGAAGACAAAUAAACAUUUGUUUCAACAUUAUUUAUUAUUACUACAAAAAUAAAUACACAAAUACCAAAUUAAUAAAAUGGGCACUUGGAGAGAAGAAAGUUUAUUAUUUUUCCAAGCAAUCAUAAUUAUAAUAAACAAUUAACAGCUUUAUUUUGUAUUUCAUCCUUCAUAAACAUAUUUUAGCCAUCUAUCGAGAAUGAUGAGUACUACUACGAAAGGAUAUACAAGAAAUAUUUUACUGUUUCUAUAAUGUGCUCAUAGAUGUCUCUGGAAUACCCGAUUCGUAUUUUGUUUAUUGUUAAUCUUAAUUUAAGUUAAAUA